GUUCGAGUCAGCCUACAUAGAGUUUACCGUCUACGCGCGGAACUGGUUUACCCGAAACUACCAAAUCGGCAAAGCUUCACUCCAACUCAAGAGUGUCAAUGCGCGGACAGGCCACGUCUACAUGAAGAAGUCGCUUCCUCUUCGGAAGGAGGGUGAGACUGCCGCAACAGGCAUGAUCACCCUCACGGUCUUCUGCCUUAAGCCGGGCGAGUCUGCGCCCCAAGGCGAGGAAGUGAAGGAGGAGGGCGAGGCUGCUGAAGACCUGGAGGACUUGAGCAAAGCGGUGCUGGGAGCUUCUGCAGACACUGGCGAAGCGGGAAAGUCGUAUCAUGUCCUCGUCAACAUCUACAGAGCGGAGAAUUUGGCCAAGAUCGGCGGGUACAAUCCCAACCCGUUCGUAACGGUCGAGUUUGCCGGUGCAUGUGUGCGUACCACUCCCGCAUACGACGUGGAGCAGUACACUUGGAACGAGUGUGCCCGAAUACCGGUGCAGACACCCGUUUACGAGGACACAAUCCUCAUAAAGCUCUGGAGUGGGGGCUCUGCGAUAACGAUGACCCCAGACGCUCUGCUAGCUCAAGGCCUGAUCUCCUUCAGCGAGCUCAGGAACAACUCGCUGCCAGCGCGGUGGUUCUGCCUCUAUGGCUGGGACACUGACGAGGUUCCCGAUGUAAAGCAGAUCUCGAAGAGUGGGGAGAACAUCAAGCCCAACUUCUUCAAGGGAAAGCUGCUGAUCUCGGGAAGAGUGGAGCGGCUGGGCGCCGACGAGACCAUGAUGCCAGCAGGCAUUACCACCGCCAGAAGUGCAGUGGAGCCAAGAAAUAUGCAGCUGGCGUUGCUUGCAGACGUCUACGAGGUCUGCGGUGCUGCUGGUCGGGAAUGCCAGGUUCAACUGGCGUUUGGGAGCAGCACGAAGGAGACCAAGGAGUGGGUCUCACCUGGCGGCUUAGACAAGAUCGCGGCCAUUGAGGCCCACGGUCAGAAGGUUUUAGUUAAUGAGUACGGGGACGACGACAAGGUUUUUGACGUGGAGCAGGUCACCACGUUCAGUUUCACACAGGACCAGGGCCGCAUUGACCCGAUCCUGACCAUGGCGCCGGAGGAGGCGAAGUCGCAGCCUUUGGUCAUGGUUAACGUCUUCACCCGUGGAGUCCUCUCGGGAAAGGUCCGUGUGGGCUACGCCAUGAGGCAGCUGGAAAAUUUCAGGAAGUACGAACCUGGAAACCCAGGGAGACCGCGCUACAUUCCGUUGGAACCAAUGCCGUUCAACAUGCAUGCGCGGAUCCCGGGCUCUGUCCUCAUGGUUAUUGAGCAUUUCACCACCGAUGAUGUGCCAAGGCACAAUAGGAGGACCGUGAAGCCCAUGGUCUACAUAGUCCGUGCUUAUGUUUUCAUGGCACGCAACAUCAAGGUAGAUACUGCCAGCGCUAACUUCGCUCUCCGCGUGGCCUGUGCUGGCAUUUCCAAGACCACCGACCCGGAGUUUGGGCAGGUGCGGCCCAUGUGGAUGAAACCGCUGGAGUUAAAAGUUACGCUUUGCUCUGACCACCCAAAGGAGCCUCCAACAAUGGAGCCGAUCACAGUGACCUUGUUGGACAGCCGGACGGUUUUGGGGGUCAAGGCUGACAGGGACAUUGGAAAGACCGUGUGCACCUAUGAGUACAUGCGGCAAAAGGACAACAUGGGCAGGUGGGAACCCUUCCGCUUGAAGCCUCAGUGGGUCCAGCUCUUUGGCGGGAACUACGGCAGCGUUGCCAUGGGUGAAGUCCUCAUAGGCUUCGAGCUGCUACACUCCAAGUUCCGAGCCGAAUUGCCGGCCAUCCAGAUGUGGCCUGUGUCAGAGGAAGAGUUCGACCCAAAGAAGCACUUCUCCAAGCUUAAGAAGGCUACGCUGCAUUUCUCGCUGUACGGGCUGCGAGACUUGAUCCCCACGGGCAGCAGAAGUGAGGAACCGCUGGUCAACGUCCGCGUGAAGAAGUUUGAACGGCCUGGAGGAGAUGAAGGGCAGAAGCGCAGCAAGUACUACGGCAUGCACUUCAAAUACGAGAAACUGGUGCAGGAGGGCCAGGAAGACAACAAGGACGACCACUUGCACAAGUGGAAGACUGAUGCUCUGGGUCAACAAGGCUGUCGGAACUUCGAGUUCUUCCAAGUGCAGAAGGUCAACGUGCUCCUUCCUGACAAGGAGAUUCUGCAGCCCUUCAUUGCCAUCCGUGUGCUUGAAAAGCCUGUGGAGCUCUUUCCUGGUACAUCACUGCAAGUCAAGCCCUUCGGGGACGAAGGGACACUCAUCGGGGAAAGCCGGCAGAGCCUGAACAGCCUGUACCCUUGCACCUGGUAUGAGGGUGUGACCCUUGAGCAGCCCUACACCUACCAGGAGAUCAGGAUCAAGCGAGGGGUGGAUCGCGCGAUCAAAGCCUGCGCCUCCAGGUGGGCCUCUUUAGUGAGGUCUGGGGUUAAGGGACCGUAUUGCAAUACCGUAAUGUCUUGGGAGUUCCUUGUUUCUGUCUCCUUCAGGCUUGGGACUCAAGAGCACAAGAGGAAGACUUCGAGGGUAUGA